CCCAAUGGCGGGAGAAAUGCUGCCUGCUCAAGAACCCGGCUGCCUGCCGCUAUUAGAUGCACCGCUUCUACCAACACGAUACGUGCUGGGAAUACCGCUGUUGCUGCGCUCAGAUAUAGCGGGCCUUGUCUCAGCGAGCGCUGCGCUCAAGCAGCUUGGCCUUCCAGUUCCUGGCUUGGCAGGCACGUUUGUAGCUAUAUCUGGAGCCUCAAAUGGUGGCAAGGUGUCCAUACGCAUGCUCGCCGAGGACGGGACUGGUGUAUUCCCAUCCAUUACGGUAUGUGACAAGGCCAGCCCCAGCGGGGUCGCGACCAUCGACCUCAGCUCGGUGCUCGACAGCGACCUGAACGAGCAGCAAUGGCGCGAGGCAGAGGCUGACUACUGCAGCCGGCUGCUGGACGGUCAGGCCGAGGCGAUGAGCCUGCGCGAGGUGGCGGUAGCCUUCGGUCGGCUCGUCUGCCUGAACCGCUGCUGGGGGCAGCUGUGCGACGCCGCAAAGCAGGCGUCCGCCCCCAAGGCCGGGGGCCCCAGUGCGGAACAGGGCGCGCACACGUUUGACGGCAGCGCGCCACCGGUUCCUGCCGUUAUCGACGCGGCUGUGCUUCGGCAGCAGCUACUGCAGGCUCUGCAGCGGCCCGCCUUCAACGACUGUGAGCUGCUGGGCUGGCUGGGCCGUGUGGUGCCAUGGAAUGAGGCGGCGGCACGGCGGCUGGCGCACAGGCCGGCUGCCAAGGCCGCGGCGGCGGCGGCCGCGGCGGCUGCAGCGCCUGAGCAGCUGCAGGUGUUGCAGCAGCCUACACCGCUGCCGUAUGCCGUAUUUGAAGCCAGCUCGUACGGCACGGAGCAGCACAUCCAAGGGACGCCUGCGCAGCAGGCGCAGCCCACACAGCACUUCCUGGACAUGCUGCGAAAGGUGACGACGGGGGACCCGCGUCCCGCUGGCGGCCGCGCUUCAGCGUUGGAGGACGGGGCAGCGGCGCAGCCGGUGGUGCCAACCACGCCGGCGGCGAAUGGCGGCACCGGCCAGCAGCAAACAGCAGCUACGACGUCCAACUGCGCGGACGACGGCGCUGCCGCCAUUGCGGCGGGUGCCGUUCACACGGUCCCUGCAGCUGCCGUACGGCCGGAACCUCCACUGCCGGUCCCAUUAACUACGGUCAGCGCCGGCAGCGGCGAGGCCGGGGCCGAGGCCGCUGAGCACGAUGUGCCCGCACAGCAGCAGCGCAGCCAUGAGCGACGAAUGUCGGCCACUCCAUGCUUCGUCACGCCUGCUGGCGUCGGCUCCCGCACCAGCCGCUCUCGUUCCCGGUCUCCCUCGCGGCUGCCCUCACGGUCACGGUCACCGCCGCUCUCGCGGUCGCUCUCGGCCCGGCGCUCGCCCCAACGCUCGCGCUCCAGCUCCCACCCGCUCUCCUUACCUGGCUCGGAGUGGGAGCAGGCCGCCCAUGCCCGGUCGCCGACUGCGACUGGGAAGGGCACCGGCGACGGCAAAGGCGGCGCUGAGCGUGCUGGCGGUGCCGCACCGGUGGCUGGCGCAAUGCCUGCGGCUGCACCUGCAGCGGGAUCGCGACUUGAAGCCAUGGCGAAGGGCUUUGUCGCAACUGAGGACACGGCCUUGGAAAGGGAGCAACCGCUGCCAGCGGCACCGCCACAAGAGCUGGGGCUGCCCAGACGUGCCGCACGUAUUCGUAUUGAGUGGCCGCAGGACCCGCGCGCCGCUGUGAGGAUGCUCCCCAGCCAAACCACGGCCGCAGCACACAGUGCAGCCGUGGCAUCGUGCCCGGUGGCAGCACCGGCCGCCGCAGGACCUGCAAUCGCCGGCGACGCGGCAGGGCAGACGGCGGCGGUUAAAGCAGCAGCUGCAAAGGUGCCGCCACAAACACAGGCGCUAUCAGGCGCGGGCGGCCAAGCGCAGCUGAGCAGGCAGUCCUCCGAGCUGUCAGAGGGAGAGCUGCCCAGGAUCGAUAGGGCUCGCCGCUCAUCGGGGCAGCUGGCAGAGGACAACGCAGCACCGAGCACCCGCCUCGCUGCUGAGGAGCCGCUGCGCAAUCGGUGGCCAUCAUCACGCCACCACCACAGCCCGGCAGACCGCGGUCGGGGCAGGUCGCCUGCCCGUGGUCGGGACAGGUCUCGCUCCCGCUCCAACCAGCGCCGCUCGCGCUCUCCGUCGCGCUACCAGCAGUGGCAGUCGCGAUCGUGGACGCCUCCGCGCGGUGCCGCGCUGCAGGAGGUUCAGUCUGAGCAGCUCGCGUGGGCGCGACAGCUGCACGAGUGGCUGCUGCGUCAGCCGGGGCACACGGCCACAAUCUUGCAGGUGCUCAGCGCUGGGCUGGGCGUCCCCAGCCGGGUGCUCGAAGUGACGCGGCGCAAGGCGUGCCUGUUUUGGGACGAUCACCCGCAGCUGUGGGAGUGCAGGAGGCACAAGCACACAUUUCGGCCCUCCGAGCUCCGCGCGCUGAUGCCAUGUGGCGCUGGAACGGGCGGCACUGGACCUGCGGGCGGCAGGCAGCAGCCCGCAGGUGGCGGAGAAUCGUCGGCGCCAGGGAGCGAGCAGGAGCUUGCGCGGGUGGAGGCACGCUACGUGCGCGAGCUGCACGCCUUCCUCCUCAGCCACCCGCAGGGGAUUGCAGUUCGCGACCUGCCCAGUUAUAACAUGGACGUGCCGCGUGGGGUCCUGCGCAACCGCAAAAUGAGCGCGCUCCUCAAGUACUACCAGUCACUGGGCAUCCUAAGGAUCAACAGCAACCAACGGCCAGGUGUGUUAGAGCUGCUAACGGUUUGGGCGGUGCCGGGGCGGCAGGCGGAGGCGGCUUUGGUCGAGCUGUUCGAACGCCUCACCAGCCCCGGGGGCCGGCAACGGCAGGGCGGCGGCGGCAGCGGUGGUAGGUAGCGGCGGUACUGGAGCUAGCGGCGGUGACACAGCGCGACGGUACGGCGAUGGCCGAGCUGCCUGGAUGCCGGCGGGCCCGGGGCUGGGGCCUUGAAUCCGCGUGGGUGGAUAAGGUAACAGACAAAGAAGUGAUCUCGGCAGGCUCUCUCUUGUCUUAUGUAUUGACCCGUGUUGCAGUGUUGAGUACUGGAGCGGGGAUGCAGCUUUCUUGGGAGUAAAUUGUGUGCGGGUUGAACAGCUAGCAGGAUGGGGCCAGCAGGAUAGGGCAAGCGUGAACGGCUAGCAGGAUGGGGCCAGCAGGAUAGGGCAAGCGUGUGUAUGUGACUGUAUGUAUGUGCUUUCGCACUUGCUACAAGGUGAUGUACGUAUUGGCAAAUGUGCCGUGAUUAACUAACGCAGGAGUGGCAUUAUUGAUAAAUUGCAGUUGGGUUGCGUCGGCGCGGAACUAGGCAACCGUGUGUACCGCGUGGCUACUGAUACCGUAUCUACCGUAUCGCAAUCAGGGGCAACCAAUUGAACUUUUAUUUGUUGGACUGCCGUGUUGCUGCUCGGCCAAGAGGCAAGCUUAUGACGGUUAUAGCGGAGCUUGGCUGGUGCUUCUGCUGUUGAGUGCACGGCGCUUUUGGUCCUUUUUGGUGUGAGAAAGGAGAAGAAGGGCGUCAGUUGACUGUUGACACAGUGAUAUUUACCUUGUUAGCUUGCGCAAGCGGCAACUCAACCGACGAGCCUGGUGAGCCAAGGUCCUUAGCGCCGGUGGGGCCAUGCCGGGCAGGAUGCAGGGCCCAAGGGCAAGGGAAGGGCAACUCGGCGGGCACGAGCUGCAUCGGGCUGGAUCCAGCCGCCGAAAGGCCAAAGCUGCCCCAAAAGCAUGUCCUACCACAUAAGAGCAGACAUCAAGCUUCCCGGUGCAUGCGAUUUUUAAGCAAGCAGU